UUGGUGAUAGUUUACAACCUUAAACUGAUGGAUAAUGGGGAACCAGAACUGGAUGUUACCUCUGAUCCUACAGAUAUUCUGAUGGCUGGACCACAACUUGAAGGAGUAAAACCUGAGCGGCGUUCCUUCAGGGCAUACACAGCUGUACUGUACAUUGACCCUAGGAUGAGAAUUUUCAUUCAAGGUCACAAGGUCCGAACAAAACGACUCUCCUGCUGCUUGUUUAGACCCAGAAUGUACAAGUAUUCAUCAAAUCGGUUUAAGACCCGUGCAGAACAGGAAGUGAAAAAAGCUGAACAUCUGAUGAAAAUAGCUGAGGAGAAAUCACGGGAAGCGGAAAGCAAAGCACGGGCCCUGGUAUUGAAGUUGGGAGAUGACUUGAGCAGGGAAUCGAGGGUUCAUCUACGACAGGUGCAGGAUGCUGCCUUCAACCUAAGCAGAGAAGCUGAUGUGAAAAAACGAAUACACGAGGCGAAACUCAGAGCGUUGAAAGAGCCAAAGGAGAUGUGCUUUAUUUUUGGUGUGAACAUUGAACAUCGUGACCUGGAUGGAAUGUUCAUUUAUAACUGUAGUCGUCUCAUAAAGAUGUACGAGAAAGUUGGACCACAGCUGGAAGGAGGAGUUUCAUGUGGUGGAGUGGUGGGUGUGGUAGAUGUCCCAUACCUCGUUCUGGAGCCUACCCACAACAAACAGGACUUUGCAGAUGCCAAGGAGUAUCGGCAUCUUCUGAGAGCCAUGGGCGAGCACUUGGUGCAGUACUGGAAAGACAUCGGCAUUGCGCAGAAGGGAAUAUUGAAAUUCUGGGAUGAAUUUGGCUAUCUGUCAGCCAACUGGAAUCAGCCACCUUCUGACGAGACAUUAUACAAGAGGCGACGUGCUAUGGAAAUCCCAACCACCAUUCAGUGUGAUCAAUGUUUAAAAUGGAGGACGCUUCCAUACAGAGUGGAUGAUGUUGGUAAGGAGUAUCCGGACAGUUGGACGUGUUCCAUGAGCCCAGACCAUGUACAGAAUCGGUGUGAUGCUCCAGAACAGAAGCAAAAUGUUCCAAUAGGGACACUUAGAAAAGAGGUGAAAUCACAUGAGGAGAAAAUACAGGCACAACAAAAGAAGUUGGAAGCAUUGAAGAAUAUGCCUAUCCGUUCACAGGCAGAUUUAAAAAAAUUACCACUGGAGGUCAGCAGCAAACCCUUGCUGGAGGGACAGACAUCUACAAGUAGCCAGCGGCCACGAUCACCACCUCUAGCUGAUAUAAUCAAAAAUGCUCCAAGUCACCCACCUCCAACAAAGUCACAAGCUUUACUGCGAAAGGGAUCUGCAGCUCGAUCUGCGGGCAAAGCCGUGACCACACAUACCAGCUUUAAUAGUAAGAAAGCGGCAAUCAACACAGGACGACCCCAGCAACGGCCAACAGUGUCUGCAAAGCAAAAACCUACUUCUUCCAAGGUUGGACCUCAGCCUUCUACCUCCACAAGGAAUACUCCUUCUGUCUCUGCAAGCAUGAAGGGUCAACAGUUGAAAGGAGCAAAGACCUUGGGACCCAGGAAAGAGAUACUGAGUAGGGGAGCACAGUCUGCAGGGACACGAAAGAGGAAUACAACAAUAGAAAGCAGUGAGGAGGAGGAAGUGGAAGACGAGGGGGAAGAGGAGCAGGAAGAAAGGAAAGUGAAGAUAUCUGCAAAGGUUUCUGAUUCAAAGCGCCUUAAAAAGGACAUAACCGAUGUUGUGGAGAUUUCAGAUAGCGGAGGAGAGGUUGAGGAGGAGGAUGAGGCCAGCACGUCAAAAGAUCGAGGGCUUCUUGUAGAAGUAAAGGUGAAUAAGGAAUGGUAUACGGGCCGAGUCACUGAUGUUGCAGCAAGCAAGCAGUCGGUGCGAUGGAAGGUCAAGUUUGAUUAUGUUCCAACUGCAACUACUCCAAGAGACAGAUGGGUUGAAAAGGGAUGUAUGGAUGUAAGGCUGAUGAAACCGCCAUCUCCAGAGUACCAGACGCCUGACACACUUGGCGUGGAGGAGGACAUCUCUGUGGAAACAGGAUCAACUUCGGACAGUACAAGGAUGGAGCCAGACACUACGCAACCGACAACCAGCAGAGAGACUGUGGAAGCACUGGUGGUGAGCUUCAGAAAUGCGUUGCGGUAUUUUCUGCCACCAAAUUACAGGAUAACAAAGGAGGAGUUAAGUUCAAUGACACCAGAAGAGCUGGCUUCAUUCCCACUGAAAGAUUAUUUUGAACAGUAUGAGGAGGGACUGAAGAACCUCUGCACUGCCUAUCAGACAAGGGCUGAAGAGCGUGUCCGAGCAACUGAGAAAAAGCUGCAGCAAAAUGAUGCAGAGCUGACAGAUGCGCAGGAAAAACUCUGUAAAUUGCGAAAUAACAUUGUAGAGCUGUUGCGGAAAGUACAAGAGGAUAUUGAAAUUAACACAGAUGAUGAGCUUGAUGCAUACAUUGAGGAACUAAUUACAAAAGUGGACUGAUGUGGAUGCUACCAUACCUGCCACAAAGUGGGUCGGAAAGUUUGUUGGCACACUGCUGCAAAGUGGACUAAAAAAAAUUAGCAGUGUUUUAGAAAAGAGUUACUUCAUUUUGAGGUUUUAGCUUUAAAGUUUUACACCUUGUUCAAUGAGCUUGGAAUUUUGUAUUAUAUUUAUUAAAAAUACAACUACUUUUUUUUUGUCA